GACGCCAACCACACAAAUGACGCCAAGUGCGAACACGUUAUUCCCCUGUCUGUGGCCGCUGACACCCCCGUGCGCAUUAAUCCAGGCGCUGUGGGCUUUUUCCGCGUCUGCUACCACCCCACUAUGCUACCGCCCAUCCUCUCCGCGCUCUCCCAGCACCAAAUUCCAGAGCGCGACCGUCUAAACCUGCUGGAUGAUCACUUUGCAUUGGCUCGCGCCGGUCAAUGCCCUCUGAAGACUGUGCUCGACCUGACUCGAGCCUACACUGGCGAAGACAGCUACAGCGUGUGGUCAGUUCUAGCCCAGGGACUGGGUUCUGUUCGCGUCCUCCUCCAGGAGAUGGCCUACAAGGCCGGCGACGAGGUUGUCUUCUCAGAACUUUCACCGGAAGAGGUCGGUCUCAAUAACCUCUACACCCAAUUGGCCUUGCCUGUUUACGAGAAACUUGGUUUUGACCCUAAACCGGAAGACAGCAACAACGAUAGCCUCCUACGACCGAUCAUCCUGGGCGUUCUGGGCCGUGCCCGUCACCCUGAUGUCAUUGCGAAGGCGCGAAAGGCCUUCGACGCGCACUACGCCUCCGUAAUGGAGACCCCAGAGGGCCAGCCACAGGAGAAACUCAUUUCUCCAGAUCUGCGUACCACUAUCUACUCCCUGUGUCUACGCAACGGAGGUGCAGAGGUCUUCCAGCGUCUUCUCACAGUAAGUCUCCAUUUCGCUUUCUUGUCUCUGUUUCUAUUCUCGUCGCCCUAA